AUCCAUUCAUUUCCAUAUUUCAAUGCUCAAGUUCAGUACUACUCCUCUUCUUUCUCUCAUAAACCAACAACCUUUUGCACAAUCUCCACUUCUCCAUCUUCAUUCUCCCACUAAAACCAUCCCUCUAAAUUUAAAUUUAAAUUUUAAACAUCCAAAAAUUAUUCUCGUUUACCUAAUUUACCCCCAAAAGUAUUCAAUUUCAGUUCCAACCUGGCUUCAUCUCCAUGAAAAAACACCACCACCACCACUACAACCACCACCAUCGACACCCCACCUCCACCACCACCUCCUUCUUCAUAUUCUCUCUCCUCCUCCACCUCCAUAUCCAACCCUCAACCUCAGAUCCAAGCGACGAAGCCUGCUUAACCCAGCUCUACGCCUCCUUCCAAGACCCGACCCACAGCCUCAAAAACUGGACCCAACCCAACUUCGCCAACCCAUGUAACGGCUUCGACUCCCACCUCCAAGGCGCCACGUGUAACAACGGCCGCAUCUUCCGCCUCUCUCUCUCCUCCCUCUCACUCUCAGGCACCAUCUCUCCUUCUCUCUCUAAAUGCACCAACCUCCAAACCCUCGACCUCUCCUCCAAUUCCCUCUCCGGCGAGAUCCCCUCCGAGUUAAAAGACCUUUCUAACCUCGCCAUACUUAAUCUCUCCGGCAACCGUCUCUCCGGCCAGAUCCCUCCUUCCUUAUACCUUUGCGCUUACUUAAAUGUCAUCGACUUACAUCGGAACCGCCUUGUGGGUCCCAUCCCUCAGCAAUUGGGCCUCCUUGUACGGCUCAACACGUUCGAUGUUUCGUUCAACAAAUUGUCCGGGAUGAUCCCGCCGUCGAUUGGGAAUCGGAGUGGGAAUAUGCCGAGGUUUAACGCGACGUCGUUUCAAGGGAACAAGGAUUUGUACGGGUACCCAUUAGAACCGUACAAGAAUAAAGGAUUGUCGCUUAUGGCAAUCGUUGGAAUUGGGUUAGGAAGUGGACUUUUGAGCUUGAUUGUUAGUUUUACAGUGGUUUGUAUUUGGUUGAAGGUUUCUGAACAGAAGAUGGCCGCUGCUGAAGAAGGCAAGAUUAGCCACCACAUGCCUGAUUAUUGAUUCCUCUUUUCUUUUUUCUUUUUCCUUUUUCCUUUUUCCUAAUUUUUGGGGGGUUUUUUCUCUAAUUUAAUUUUGAUUUUUUUUAAAUGGGAAAUUGAAUAGGUUAUUACUAGAUUAUAUAUUUUCCCAGUUUGUAAUAAUUUUGAUUUUAGGUAAUGAUGUUGAUUUUGAGAGGGAGGGGAAUUAUGAUGUUGGAUGGAUGAAUUGACCGUUACGGAGUAUUUUUGUUGGGUUUCUCUCUUUCUUUUUGGGUGGUAUCUUAAGGAGCAUUUUUUUUUUUUGGAAUCGACAAUGUACAAAGAAACGAAUUGAACAUGUGACAAAUUCAUGGUAUUAAGGAGUACUACAUAAUUACGCA